ACACUGUACAAAACCACAACACGUGCGAGUGAAAUUGGAGCGAAGCAUGGUUUAUUGUACCGGUCAAACUUAUUUUACAAUAUUUUUGAGAAUAAAAAAGUAAAAAGAAACUUACAAAACCGCUUUAGCGGGACCAUAACAUGUGUGAAAAUACAAUAGCGGCUAUUGGGAGAAUAGAAGGAGAGACUACAAAUUGUGAUUUAGUUAAAACAUGUCAACAUGUUAAGGAUGCAUUGCAAAAGAAAACUAUUGAUAUCACAGAAGCAAUAAAUAUAUUGUCUGAAUAUAUUCUGAACUUUGAAGAUGCUAAACUAUUUAGAAAACACCUAUCCAAUUCAUUGUUAGCUCUUGUAUCAGCUAGAAUACAAUUAAAACCUGUAUUUUCUACUUCUAAUUAUGAUUUAUGUAAUGAUUCGGAGAAAACCAACCAUUUGGAAUUUUCCAUCAUACUUUCUACAUUGUGCGAUCAUCCUGACAUACUUCAGUAUACACUCAAAUACUUUCAAAUCAACACUGUACCACCAUUCGAGGUAUUUAUACAUCAUGAGGAUUCAUACAAUGUUGCCCCAAAGAAACGCAGACUCUUGAACUGCAGGCAAAAGAUAAGUGAUUACAGAAUUGUGAACUGCUGCUAUACAUUACUUACUAAAUUGCCCAACGAGUUCUCAACAAAAUGGGAUUGGACAAACUUUGUUACCAACUUCAGCUAUCAUGAGAAUGCUGAAAUAAAAUGGAUGGUAAAAGAAUGCAUGGCUAUAUUAACAAAUAUGACAGAAAUUCAGUCAAAAUUAUUAUCUAAACACCUUAAUAUAUCUGAUGAUGACUGUAUGGAGAUAAAUUUCGCAAUUAAAAACAAGGAUGCAUUAACUAUAGAAGGCAACACUGAUAAUACUGAUUUAUCUACGGCUAGUGUUGUUAACAUAGAUGGCAUAAUGUUGCCAGUUUAUGAUAAAACUAAUGUUCAGAAUGGUAUCCUAGUUCCUGUUACAUCAACUAUAAAUAAUUUGAGGAGCUUAGCUUUAGCUGUAGCCUCAGGAAAAGCUUUAUCUCUAAUGGGUCCAGUGGGGUCCGGAAAAACUUCUCUUGUGGAACAUCUGGCAGCUAUCACAGGGAGAAAGGGUGUCGCCUUCAAAAAGAUUCAACUGGGAGAUCAAACUGACUCCCGUAUGUUACUUGGCUCACAUCAAUGUACUGAUGUGCCCGGUGAAUUUAUUUGGAGUCCUGGUGUUCUGACUGAGGCGGUACAAAAUGGUCAUUGGUUGUUAUUAGAAGAUAUAGAUUGCGCCGCAUUAGAUGUGGCAUCGACUCUCAGCUCUCUGUUGGAAAGGAACACAUUGUGUGUGCCGGGCUAUAGAGAUGCGCUGCCUGUAACACCAGGCUUUCAACUAUUUGUUACACAGAGAACAGUAACAACAAACUAUGGUUACCAAAAAAAGAUGUCUAAUUCAAGUACAUUGUUGCAAAGACAUUUAACUCAGAUAAAUGUGGAACCACUGUCAAGGUCUGAGCUGGCUGAGAUAGUACAAACAUUAUACCCCAGUCUUACAACAAUAUGUCCCAGAAUUAUAGAAGUGUUCAUGAUGUUUUCUGUAGGAAGUCACGAUACGUCGUUACAAACUACUGAAACUGUUCCCAAUACAGAUAAAGAAACAAAUUUAGUAUCAUUACGAGGAUCUAGACUUAUGUCAACUAGAGAUCUGAUGAAAUGGUGUUCAAGAGCUGUCAUAGAUUUUAAAGUAGCCAGUCCCGAAUCUGCAUUAAAAGUGUUACAAGACGCUUUAGAUAUUUUCACAUGUUCGGUGUCAUCACCCGUACAUAGAUUGGAAUUGGCCAAAAAAAUAGGCACCUGUCUAGGAAUUGUUGAAACUAAAUCUGAAUUCUAUAUGAAACAUUACAAACCUCAUGUAUCUCUUAACCCAACAUCAUUGGAAGUAGGCCGUGCUAAAGUACCUAGGAUAGAAAAAAGCUUGGAAACAAUAAAUUUCAAUGACAAGCAAGAAGUGUUUUCGUUUACUAGACAAUCUGCUUGUUUACUUGAACGUAUAGCUUGUUGCGUUACUUCCAAUGAACCAGUACUUUUGGUUGGUGAAACUGGUACGGGAAAAACUUCAUCUGUACAAUAUCUAGCAAAGCAAACGGGACAUAAAUUAGUCGUUAUAAAUAUGAAUCAACAAUCAGACUCGGCCGAUCUACUCGGUGGUUACAAACCGGUAGAUCUAAAGUUCGUUAUCCGUCCUAUUAAGAUUGAAUUCAUAGAAUUAUUCAAAGGUUUCUACAAUGUAGAUAAGAAUCAAAAAUUUCUAGGACAUAUAGAAAUGUGUUAUGAAACAGAAAACUGGUUAGCUCUUGUAACAUUGAUGAAACAAAGUUAUAAAGCGGCAGUUACUCGCUUAGAUAAAGAAAGAAAGGAAAAUAAGUUAAAGACAUGGCUUACUUUCGGCCACAAGCUUACAAAAUUAGAACAACAAGUUAAAGCGGCAACUAGAUUGACAUUUGCAUUUAUUGAAGGCUCCUUAGUGAAAGCGAUGCAAGAAGGAUACUGGGUUUUACUUGAUGAAAUAAAUUUGGCCUCGGCUGAAAUAUUAGAGUGUCUCGCCGGUUUAUUGGAAGAUAAAAACGAAAUCGUACAUUUACUGGAGAAAGGUGAUAAAGUACCUAUUAAAAGGCAUCCCGAUUUCACUCUUUUCGCUUGUAUGAAUCCAGCAACAGAUGUGGGUAAAAAAGAUUUACCGGUUGGAUUGAGGAAUCGUUUUACAGAAUUUUUUGUUGAUGAAUUGACAGAAAGAAACGAUCUGAUAUUACUUAUAGGCGACUAUUUGUAUCAUAUGAACUUGAGUAGAGCGAUGUUGGAUGCUAUUUACAAUUUUUAUUCCACCGUAAAGAAAGAAGCUAAAUUGAGCUUAGUUGAUGGAGCUGGUAACGCGCCGCAUUAUUCACUUAGAACUUUAUGUCGUGCGUUAACUGCAGCAGCAAAAGCGAAAUGUGGGACUGUGGCAAGAUCUUUAUAUGAAGCGUUUUGCCUUUCAUUUUUAACACAACUUGACAGAUCCUCACAUCCAAAAGUAGAGGCUCUUAUAGCCAAAGCCAUCAUUGGUAAAAGAAAUGUUGUUUCAAUUCUGAACCAAGUUAUUCCCGAACCACAAAUAGAAGGCAAAAAGUAUUUACUCUUCGAAGGACAUUGGAUUCCUCAAGGGAAAUUGGAAAUUGACAUUCCCGAUGGAUACAUUUUGACGCCAACUGUUAGAAAAAAUCUUAGGGACAUAGCUCGUAUUGUGUCUUUAGGUCGACUACCAAUAUUAUUACAAGGUGAUACAUCUGUAGGAAAAACAUCAUUGAUAACAUAUAUAGCUAAAGCAUCUGGAAAUUACUGUGUCAGAAUAAAUAACCACGAACAUACAGAUUUGCAAGAAUAUAUCGGAUCGUACGCUACAGAUUCUAGUGGUAAUCUAGUUUUCAAAGAAGGUGUCCUUGUUGAGGCUAUGAGGAAAGGUUACUGGAUCAUUUUGGAUGAACUUAAUUUAGCACCGAGUGAUGUACUCGAAGCGCUUAAUCGAGUUCUCGAUGACAAUCGUGAAUUAUUCAUACCUGAAACACAACAGGUCGUGAAGGCAGAUCCAAAUUUCAUGUUAUUCGCAACACAAAACCCGCCAGGAUUAUACGGUGGUCGAAAGAUGUUAUCGAGAGCGUUCAGGAACAGAUUUGUCGAACUUCAUUUUGAUGAGAUACCUAGAAAAGAAUUGGAGACAAUUCUUCAUCAGAGAUGUCAUGUUCCACCAACUUAUACUAAAAAGAUGAUCGCAGUGAUGGCGGAUUUGCAAGUUAGACGACGAGGUUCCGCCGCGGUACAAGGAAAAGAUGGUUUUAUAACUUUGAGAGAUUUAUUCAGAUGGGGAAAUAGAUAUAAACAUGCAUCCAAAGAAAUAUUAACCGAAGAUAAAUUCUACGACUGGGACCAACACAUUGCUGAUGAAGGAUAUUUGAUAUUGGCUGGUAAAGUUCGCCAAACAGAUGAAAGAUCCAUAAUAGAAGAAGUCAUUGAGAAACAUGUAAAAAGGAAAGUUGAUCCUGACAAUUUAUUUAGUUUCCAUCAGAAUACGUCUCCUGUAACCAAGUCUAUUUUGGAGAUUAUUAUCAAUAACAAUCUCGAAGAAUUUUCUCAUGUGGUUUGGACUUUCAAUAUGAGGAGAUUGGCUGUGUUAAUUGCUAAAGCGUUUAUAUUUGAUGAACCGGUGUUACUAGUUGGUGAAACUGGUUGUGGUAAGACCACAAUAUGCCAAGUCCUGGCCGCUUUAAGCAAUCGAAAACUGUUUUCGGUGAACUGUCAUAUGCACACAGAAAGUUCCGAUUUCCUAGGUGGUCUUCGUCCAGUACGACAAUACAAGAAUGAUGGCAGAUUAUUUGAAUGGGUGGACGGACCUUUGAUUUUGUCAAUGGAACAAGGACAUAUGUUCUUAGCUGAUGAAAUAUCUCUGGCAGAUGACAGUGUAUUAGAACGAUUAAAUUCUUUAUUAGAACCCGAACGACAACUUGUGUUGGCAGAAAAAGGAAUGAACGACGGAUCAGAUAUUGUCGUAGUUACUGCUGUGAAAAAUUUCCAUUUUAUAGGUACUAUGAAUCCUGGAGGUGAUUUCGGUAAGAAAGAGCUUUCGCCAGCUCUGAGAAAUAGAUUUACAGAAAUAUGGUGCGAUAAUGUCACAUCGAGAGAGGAUUUAUUAAAAGUUUUAGAGAAAAGUGUCGAGAAAGGGAUCGCAUUAGGGAACCAGGAAGAUGGAACUUCUGGAAUCGGUAGUUCCAUAUUAGAUUUCACGACUUGGUUGAAAAAUUCUGAAGUAACGAAUAAAUUUCCAUUCAGUAUCCGUGAUUUAUUAUCAUGGGUGCAAUUUAUUAAUGUAACAGUAACUAAAGGACUACUAGAUACACCAGAAGCGUAUGUUCACGGUGCAUGUAUGACGUUUCUGGAUUGCUUCGGUACAGCUUUAACGGGACAUAUUGAUUCGUCAGCAUUGACUUUAUUAAGAAAAUCUGCGACUACCUUCCUUAUGAAUCAAAUCAAAUCUUUUGCUAAUGAAAGCUCUGAGAAUUUGAACAGCUUAUUGUCUAUCAAUACAUCAACAUUACACGCUGAAUGUUAUGAUAAGAAAUUUGGUAUAAAACCUUUUUACAUUGAAGUAGGACCACAUGUGAAACAGAGUGAUAUUGAACAGAAUUUCACAUUUACUGCUCCCACAACUGGAUCGAAUACAUUGAGAUUACUAAGAGGUCUUCAGUUAAAUAAAGCUAUACUUCUAGAAGGAAACCCGGGAGUUGGUAAAACAAGCUUAGUGACUGCAUUAGCUAAAUCUUCCGGUCAUAAAGUGGUUCGCAUUAAUUUGAGUGACCAAACAGAUAUAACAGAUUUAUUCGGUACCGAUCUGCCAGCGGAAGAUGGUUCAUUUGUAUUCAAAGAGGGAGCAUUUCUGAGCGCUCUUCAAAAUGGCGAUUGGAUAUUACUAGACGAACUUAAUCUAGCUCCACAGCCUGUUCUCGAAGGAUUAAACGCCUGUCUCGAUCAUAGAGGAGAAGUUUUCAUUCCUGAAUUGGGCAAAACAUUUAAAGUUAAGAAAGAAACUAAAUUAUUUGCUUGCCAAAAUCCACUAAAACAAGGUGGUGCUAGAAGAGGGCUACCUAUUUCGUUCUUGAAUCGUUUUACGCAAGUCUACAUUGAUACUUUGACUAAAGAAGAUUUAAUAUAUAUUGUUGAAUCGCAGUAUGCAACAUUGUCUAAAGACAUUUUACAUAGAAUAGUGAAUUUCAAUUGCAAAAUUGCUCACGAAAUCACCGAAAUCCAACUAUGGGGUCACAGAGGAGGACCCUGGGAAAUGAAUUUAAGAGACAUACAAAGAUGGUGUGAAUCUCUAAUAGCUGAUUUAAAUGCUGGCAACACUGCUUCACCUGGAAAGUUUGUAGACAUGCUAUAUGUCAACCGCAUGAGAACCAUUGAAGAUAAAAAUCUAAUGAUUAAAGCUUACGACGAAAUAUUCUGCCCUGAAUAUCCAAGAAGUGACACAAAUCCACAAUUCAAUAUAAAAGAUGAAGAAAUCAUCAUCGGAGAUGUAAAUUUAAAAAGAAACAAUGAGAAGGCAUUUAAAAAUAAACACGCAUUAGAAUCGAACUUAUUGGUGUUAAGAAACCAAAUGCCGAUACUAAAGUCAGUUGCACAAAAUGUAAAAAUGAAUUGGCUGACAAUAUUAGUCGGGUCAUCGUCGACAGGAAAAAGCAGUGUUAUUCAAAUAUUAGCAGAUUUAACUGGUCAUGAUUUACAUGUGUUGCCAGUUACAUCAGCUAUGGAUGUUUCCGAUCUUUUAGGCGGAUUCGAACAAGUUGAUUAUAAUAGAAAUCUUGAAAACAUUUACGAUGCAGUGGAAACACUAACGCAAAGCACUCUACGUAAUCUAUGGUUGACGGAAAAAAUUGAAAAAUGGAAAGGAAAUAGAUUACUUAGCAAUCUCCAUGAUUAUAAGAAAUUACAAAGCAAUUUUGUACAAAAUUCGUCUGUUGAUGAUAAUGAAAACUUUAAAACUAAAGUACAAUUCCUUUUGAAACAUUGUCACAAAUUACUAGAGAGGAAUUUAUCUAAUGAUAUAGCUGAUAAAGUGCAAUUAAAUAUAAAUAAACUGAACAAUUUGCUGAAAAAAGUUCAGUCAUAUUCAGUAAAUGCUGGAGGUAAAUUUGAAUGGGUAGAUUCGUUACUUGUUAAAACAUUGAUGGAAGGAUCAUGGCUUCUAUUGGACAAUGUAAAUUUAACAUCAGCAGCUGUAUUGGACAGACUUAAUGGUUUAUUGGAACCAAAUGGAGUACUAAGUAUUCCGGAGAGAGGAGAAAUAAGUGAAAUUAAACCGCAUCCAAAUUUUAGAGUGUUUUUCACUAUGGACCCUAAGUAUGGUGAGAUAUCGAGGGCAAUGAGAAAUAGAGGUGUGGAAUUAUUUAUGCUGAGGUCAGCUGAUAUGGAGACAAGUUUAUCAGAAAGUAUGCCAUAUUUGGACUUAACAGCGCUACUCUCGUCAUGUGAACUUCCAGAAAAAUAUUUCAAUAUAUGCAUAAAAUGUCAUGAACUGAUGACAACGUUCAUUCAAGGAUUGGAGAGACCAACUGUAUCACAUUUAAUACAAGCUUCGCAUUUGACUUUGCAACAAAUUCUCCGCGGUAUCUCAUAUAAAACAGCUUUACUAAAUGCUUUCUCUGAUGUAUACAUAAAACCUAGAACUGGUAGUGAUUUUAUCUCUAAUAUCAACGUAUCAUUGGCUGAGAUGAAAAAUAAUAUGCUCAAAUCUUUGGAAAAGGAACUAGAGAAUGCAGAAUAUAAUGAAAUAUAUACUAAUGAUGUGAUUCAUACUUUAUCUGUUAAAGGACUGUGUAACAAUUCAACAUAUGAAAUUGGGAAACAAAUUGCAUUCCCACUUAUCAAACAAUUAAAUAUUGAGGGAGAAAAUCAAGACGGUUGGUGCUAUCUUUUUAAUAUACUCGUUGCAUAUCAAAAAUGUUCAAAAGAUACUUUGCAAAUAUUAUACUACGUAAUUAAAGAAUGUUUGAAAUCUAAGAAAAAUAAAUUACCAUUGAUGAAUCAACUCAAUGAAAAAGCUUAUAAUUUUGUACGGAAUAAUGAAAAUAAUUUAUUGACAUAUCAGAGAUUUUAUCCAGAAUCCGAAGAGCAAAAUGUUGAUAUAAUUUUAAAAUCUAAUGCUGCAUUUACUUUGCUUUAUAACGAAUUACAAAAAUUGUUAACAGAAAUAACAUUAGAAAGAGGAAAUCAAUUUACAGCAAUUGAGUACUCAAAAGCAGUACUGUCAAAGGAAAUAAUAGAUGACUUUAUCGAAUAUCCGAUAUUGAAAUUUUGCAAAAUAUAUCUUCAAUUAGUCGAUGAAGAAAUUGUCAAAGCUAUAAAAAUGCAAAAUUCAUGCAACGAUAAAGAUGUUUGUCAAAUAAUUAAACUGUUAAACUGGAGAAAUAGGUUCCUUAAAAUAUGUUCUCUUCCCAUAUUUGAGUUAACAAAAAAUAAUACGCCAAUUUUAAAAGAAGAAAUUAUACCAUUGCUCAAUGUACACAGAAGAUGGUUACAAAAGCAUCUAAUUUUAGAACUAGCAAAAAUAACAGGAAAAGAUUUGAAAAAAUUCAAUACAGAUUUAGCAACAAUGAAUUUAAACAAUCAAAACGAUUCACAAACAAUACUUAAAUUGAGUAAGAAAUUACGUAAAAUAUUCGGUCAACCGAAUUUAUAUGAGAAUGAAACAGAACAAUCUUUAUGUAUACAAAGAUCUGAAAUUUAUAAUUCAUUAACUUUAGAUAUGGAUCAACCAAUCAAUAAACAAUUAGAAAAAAUUAAUUCUAAUUUAACUUCAAUUUUAGAUCUGACUUUAGUAACAGAUGUACCAGAUCCAAAUACUUUAAAAUACAUUCAAGAUAAUAUGAGUAAUAUUGUUGGAAAUUCGGAUGUAGUUACUAUAUACAUUAAACAUUUACCAAUUAACCUAUAUGUUAUACAAAGAAUAAUAUAUUUAAUAAGAUCUGAUCUAUUAAAUAUUAUAAAUGAUAUUAAUUCGGUCAACAAAAAUUAUACGUUGACGAAAAAUUUUGUCGAUUUGUUAGUAAAUUUAGUGAAUAUAGGUAAAGAAACUAAAGGAUUCCCGCCAACACUCUUGAGUCUUUUAAAAGUUAUACAAUAUACAAACAGUGGAGAAAUCAAUCAUAAUAAAUUGUCUUCAAUACCUAUGAAGUUUAUUGAUGAGUUAUACAAAUUAUUGAUACGAUCGCCAGUGCAAUAUCCAUUGCCUUUCCUUAACUAUACUGGAAAUCAAACUGAAGAAGACAACGCAAUGGAAACAGUCCCUUUGAAUACGAAGCGGGUCUCUUCAAAUCUACCAUUGAUGCCAUUCUAUGUACAGAAGCUUACUAUAUCCAGCGAUCAGAACUCUCGUCAUAUUUUUGCGUAUGAAUCAAUACCAUUAAAAGAUCGUGCGGAGUAUUCAAUGCACCUCGCUAACAUACGAGAUGUUCUCUGGAAGAAUAUUGGUGUGUUAGAUGCAGCUGCUACCUUAAAUUUAAAAUCUAAUAUUGAUCUAGAAACUAGAAAAUAUGAACAACUGAUGUAUCAGUUACAUUGUUUCGUUAAAGACAAGAAUAACAAAUCAAAUACAGAAAUGUAUAGCUUUGAGGAAUCGCAACUAACAAAAUAUUUUAAAGACGACACCAUUUUCGUUGAUAUGAUUUCAAUCGCUAAUUCGAUUUAUGAGAACUUGAAGUCAAUUGAUUUAAAAAAUACUGACAAUUCAAUGAAAAUGAAAGCUAAAAUACUGAUGUCGAAAUUAUCUGCAUUAACAAGUUUCUUACUUCUUAAGAUAAUGGCAGAAAUAAGUCCUAUAGACCAUGUUGAAAAACAUCGUCUUAAAAUUCAAUACAUUGAAGAAGAUGUAAAAAUGUUCGAAGCUUUACUAAAUGUAUAUUACGUCCAUGGUAUUGUCACAGGAUGUAUUUUAGAAAAUACAAAUAUAGAGAGAAGUUCAGAAGUGACUAUUGAAAAGUUAAAUGAAAAUAAAGACAGAUUAAAUAAAGUACAUCCUUAUUGCUCUAUUAUUGCGGAACUGAAAGAAAAAACAGCAAAUGCGGUGUUAAAGUAUGCAUCUGGUAACACUUUCCGGCCAAAGGAACCUUCUUAUGGAAGUUUUGCAAAGGAUUGCAAACAUUUUACUAAAUCUGUGUUAUCACAAAAAACUGUAACAACAAUAUGUAAAAAUUUAAUAGCAACUUGCGACAGUCUAUAUGAUUGUUUCCAAUCGAAUAAAAUCGACAAAAACAUAAUUCAAAAUGCUCAAACUACAAUUAAAGAAACUUCAUCUUGGUUACAUUCAUUAAAUGCAUUUUAUAAGAACAUUGAAACAAUAUAUUCUGAGGUUUUCCCCGAUUUAGCAAAACCUCUACAAGCUUCAAUAUCUCAAGUUGUGUACAGUAUAACAUCUCUUAGUGAUAUAAUUAAAGAAAUGGUUGUCAAAAUUGAACAAGGUUCAGGUUUAUGUGAAAAAUUAACUGAACUAAUGCAAUAUCCGAAUAAGAUACCUCAAAAUGACAAAGAAAGUUAUCUGAAUAGAUUUGUGACGUCUGCAUUUAUGCAAAUGAUAAAAAGAAGUGUGGUAUCUUCUGAAGAAGAUUUGUUUACUGCUGAUUUGGAAUGCUUGGAAACAUUAAAAAUGAACUUAUCAGAACUAAAUAUGCGUUGCGUUGCAUCUGAGAGUGUAGAUAGAGUUACAUUUGAUGCAAUAUUGAAAACAUUAACUGCUAUUGUCGAUGCCUGGGAAAAGCAACGGAAAGACAUUGAGAAGAAAAAAAUAGACGACGAAGCUUUAUAUGUUACGAAAUCUAAAUGCGAAGACGAAGAUGAGGACGCAAUCGCACAAGAAGAAAUAAUGGAAAUGUUCCCGUCUUAUUCAGAAUCAGAUUUUGCCGAAUUUAAACCACCGACAUUAGAACAGAGUAAAGUCAAAUUACAAAGUGAAGAUAAGAAAAAAUCUCAAUAUUUGAUUACUAAUGAAGAUGUUUCAUUGAUAUAUAAAUGGCAUUCAAACUUCGCUCAUGAUAUGACGUCAGCGGAAUGGUUACCCUCCCCCAGGAAAUUGGUGGCGAAUAACGUUGUUAGUCCAUUGCUCAUGAGGUAUCCCAUAUUUAGUCGGUUAGUCAACAACUCGUGGGAAGCGUUAGAUGCAGAAUUUGAAGGUGUAAUUUCGCCCACUUUGAUGGUCGUUUUAUCAGAUAUUAAAGAAAAAGUAGAUGGAUGUGAAUCAUCAAGUACCAAGAUAGACUUUUACCGCUCGGCCUGGGUUUCUGAAACCAAGCAAUGCCUGCCAUUACUUCAGAGAGUUAAGGAUACAACCAAUAACUUACUCGAUCAAUGGCCCGACUUCCCCACAUUAAAAGACAUAAUGAUUAUCGUAGACAGAAUAUUAAACUUUUCUAUCACAAGUCCCGUGUCUCGGUUUCUAACUGGUAUAGAACUGUUGCGUGAUAAGAUCGAGGAGUGGAAUAAGAAUGCUCACAAAACUAACAACAUGAUAGAUAUCUCUCUCGAAGUGGGCCAACAGAUUAUAAAUUGGAGAAAACUUGAAAUGUCACAUUGGAAGGAAUGCUUGAACAAUUUGUACAACAGGAAGCAAGCUGAAGCACACAAAUAUUGGUUUUAUUUAUACUCUGUGGUAAAUAGUUAUUUGUUUGAGUCACAAAAUGAGGAAGCAGUGACAGCAAACAGAGUUAUAUCAGUACUAAAGGAAUUUAUGGAGAGUUCUAAUUUGGUAGAAUAUGAAGUGAGAUUGAACAUUGUUUAUAUCUAUCAUUGUCAUCUGAUACAUCUGGAACCAAGUCCCAGGAGAGACGAACUUCUAUCAAUCUUAUGGAACACAUACAACUAUUAUUCACAAUUUUCAAUGCAAAUUGCGAACGCUAUCAAGGAAAAGCGCACGCCCAUAGAGAAGAAACUACGAGACUUUGUCAAGAUUUGUACUUGGGAUAGAGAUUUAAGUUACUGGAGUGUUAAAGAUACUGUUGAAAAAGCACAUAAAGCAUUACACAAGCAAACUAAAGAAUUUGAGAAUGUUAUAAAAGAGAGUGUUGUACCGUACCUUGUGGACAACGUAUCUGAGAGUACGGAGCACGUGGGGUUGUGGGACAGACCCAAGCGUGUCACUGGACCGCAUGCACCAGCUGGUGGUGCUUACAUGAUAGAUCACCAGAACCACAUCGUCACUGUCAGACAUAUUAAGAAAUAUCUAGAUCAAGCAGAUCAACCUUGCGAUAUAAUACCCGAAGGCAGUUUGUUGUCCAAAAUCCCAGCGUUGGUGAACAAAGCCAAGUCCCUGUGCAAGGACACAAUGUUUAACUCUGGCUACCCCUCGCUUGUGCAGGCGUUGGAUGAUUUUGUUACUCUUAUUAUUGAGACAAAUACACAUUUGGCUUCUUUAGACGUGGAUACAACAGAAUCGAAAGACAAACAAAAAUCUCAAGCAAAGAACAUAGUUCAACAGAAGCGGAAAGCUCUCGCAGAUCUGUUUAAAUAUUUGUCUCAAAUAGGUCUGAACUAUCGCACUGGCUUAGUUAUAUUGUCAGCUGAAGAUGACUUAUAUGACUUCACUAUACCUCCCGUAGAUCUGGAUGCUGCUAUGAAUUAUCUAAAGAGCAGACGCAGCGAUGCGACAUUGUCCCUUCUAUGGUCGGGAUGUGAGAAAUACUUCCAGAGGAACAUAGCACGUCAUAGACUGCUGGCUACUUCCUUGACAUCGCCUCACAAAGACCUCGGCAUACAGAACAUUGAGAGAUGCAAAGGAUUCUCAGCACAACUCAUGAAAUUAACAAUAAAACAGAAAAAAUCAGUCGCAAAACAUUCGAGACAACUUUGUGAUUUAAGAAGGAUAGCCUCCAAUUUAACGGCGGCAUUGGAAAUUGAAAUUCCCGAAUCAAAUAUUUCAACAUUAAAAGAGAAAUUAAAUCUUCUUUCGGAUUGUUAUUCCAACACAUCGAUAUUGCUUGAUCAAUUCUGUGUACUGUUGCAAUCGUGUCCGGAAAAAAGUUUAAAAGAUAGCUGUGAUCCUGAAUUUGAUGCAGUAGUAUCAAAUUCACCAAUAACUCGUUGCUACAAGAAAAGCGAUGAGUGGAAUGUUCUAUAUAAAUCAGUAAAAUCCAUAAUUACAGAAGUUUCUAAACAAAAAACAUUACUCAAAAAGUCAUUAUUAUUAGCUCCUAAACAAAUUGGACAAAAUAUUUUCGAACUACCGAUACUUUCUCAAUCUCAUAUCGAUGUUGCAAAUGAGGCUAAAAAUAAUUUACAUACCAUCAUUAAUAAAUUAGAUGAAAUCGAAAAAGAAUAUCAAUUCACAUUGAAAGCUCUUGUUUAUGAUGAAUUUGUAUCACAACAUCCUUUCUUAAGAAGUCUUAAUAACUUGAACGUUUAUUUGAAAGAAACAAUCAACCGACUUGACAAAUUAGAUCAAUCUAAUGAUGUAUCAAUGGAAGGAGAUACAACAAAAUUGGUUAAUGAAACGGAAGAUUUAAUAGCGACUAUGCUUCUAGUUAUUCAGUCACUUUAUAAAAAACAUUUGCCAAUAGAUAAAAAUGACAGUGAAUCUGAAGUUUUAAAUGCAAUUGAUAAAUUAAUUGAAGAAAACGAAAGUGGAAACAAAGAAAUGCUCGAAGAUAAACACUUAAAAGAACGUUUACAAGAGAAUCUUUCGAACGAUGUUAAAUUAUUACAAUUAGAUGCUUUAAUUAAUAAAAUGUACAGAUUAUUGACUGAUUACGUCGAAUAUAUAUCAACGGUGACUCAUAUUGGAGAUGUCAAACUUGCAGUAUCAAGAGUUGUUCCUAUAUUAGAACAAGCUAUUUUAUUUAUACAAUAUUUCGUAUCGCAAAAGGUUGCUGUUCAUAGAGUCUCUUGCAAGAUGCUAUCUGUGCUUUUGAAAAUAUUCUCCGACUUGGCGACCAAAGGUUUCUGUAAACCAUCCGACUUAGACAUGGAAGAUGGUGAAGGUGCCGAAGGUCCGGGAACGUCCAGUGGCAUGGGACUUGGCGAAGGUGAGGGUCAAAAGGACGUCUCCGAGAGAAUAGAGAAUCAGGAUCAAUUAGAUGAUGCACAAAGACCAGGAGAAGAGAAAAAGGAAGAAGACAAAGAUUGCAAAGAAGAAGAAAAAGGAAUAAAUAUGACGGACGACUUUGAAUCGCAUUUACAAGAUGUGGAAGAAAAGGAAGGAGAUGAUUCAGAAAAAGAAGACGAUGAAGACGACGCCGACAAGCAAAUGGGUGACACGGAUAAGGCAGCUGAAAAACUCGAUCAACGAAUUUGGGGCUCGGAAGAUGAGGAGGACGUUGAUGAACAGGAGAAAGAUAAAGAUGAAAAGGGUAAAGGAGAGAGUACGGGCGAGAAACAAAUGGGUGCUAAAGAAGAAGAGCAAGGGACCGACGACGGCACAGAAGGUGAAGACAAAAAGAAGAAGAAAGAUAUCAACGAAAUGGAUGAACCUGAAGUUGAUGAUGAUCAUAUUGAUCCACAUCACGGCAAGGAACAAAAUCUACCAGAACCUGAAGAUUUUGAGUUGCCUGAUGAUAUGAAUGUCGAUGGAGAGGAAGGCGAAGAUAAGGAGGAAGGUGAAACAGAAACCGAAAAUCCAUUUGAAAUAGAUGUGAUGAAGGAUGUUGUUGAAAAUGAUGAAGAUGAUAAGAAGGACGGAGAAGAGAAGGAUAAUAAAAAUGGACUUGAAGUUUCCAGUGAUGAAGAUGAUGAUGGUGAUGAAGGAAACAAGGAUGAUGUGCAGGAAAAAGAAAACGCAGAAGACCAAGACAAAAAUGACGAAGAAGAUUCUAGCAAACAAGAAGAUGAAAAUCAAGAUGGUUCUCAAGAAGAUCCGAGUGCUGAGAUUCCACAAGAGAACGAUGAACAAAAUCCUGAAUUACCAGAAAAUGAAAAUAAACCUGACGAGGAAGAGUUACCUAAAAACCCAGAUGAAAUCAAUGAACAGGAUAAUGUAGAGAAAAAAGAACAUGAAGCAAAUCCUCAAGCUAAUCCUUCAAGCGAGGAUCCUUCAAUGGGUGAGAAAGCUGAGAACGCGGAAAUGGAUCGCGGAGUUAACGAUAAUGUGGAAACUAAUGCAGAGCAAGCAAAAGACGAAGAAGCAGCACCAUCUGAACAAGCUCAAGAGCAAGUUGGUGAAGAUAAACAGUCAACGGGACGUUCAGAACUAGACAAGAGUGACAGAGGACAUCGCGGUGAGAAGCAAGCCGCGAGAGCUGAGGCCUCACAAGAUAAGCAGAAGCGACGAGAAAACAAGCCCGGAAGAACUGACGAUAAAAGAACUUUAGGGGAGGUGAAUGAGCAAAAACAGAAACGGGCUCACACUUUAAACGUCGAGGAAGAUGAUGCCACUGAAGAGGGCGGGGACGCGGAUAAUGACGCGGAUAAGGAGGCUGACGCAUUCCAACACGUCAAGCAAGGAAAGAAGGAUGACCUGCAGGCGAUCGACGCAGCUACCAAGGAACAAGCGGAUGAGCAGCCGACGCUGCAGCAAGAAGACGAAGACGGAGAAGAGAUGAAAGACAAUGAGGAAGUGCCCAUGGAUGUUGAUGACGAUGAUUUGCAAAUAGAGAAGUCUGAAGAAAUAAAACCGGAGAAAAUGAAGAACGGACAAGAGAAAGAAGAAGAGAAGUCCGGUAACAAAAAGGAAGGUGGAGAAGAGACGACAGGAGAGACUGGAGUGGAGGUGGAGGGGGAGACUGUGCUCACUGCCGGCGUGCCGCGCGGCCGCGACACUACUUAUCAUACGAAAUUAGAGGAUGAAGUGCAAGCAGCGGAGGAUAUAUCAAUGGAGGAGUACCUGAGCAUCCGCGAGUACUUGAGAGUGGGCGGGAGGCGGUGCGCGGGCGCAGUGGAGGCGUGGCGCGGCGCGUGGCGAGACACCGCCGCCGCCGCGCGCGCACUCUGCGAGCGGCUGCGUCUCGUGCUGGAACCCACGGGACGCUCGCGACGAGCAGGUGACUUCCGCACUGGUCGCGCGAUCAACAUGCGUCGCGUUAUCCCGUAUAUUGCGUCUCAGUUUCGCAAAGACCGUAUCUGGUUGCGGCGCACCAAGCCCGCACGUCGCGACUACAAGAUCGCACUCGCGCUGGACGACUCCAGCUCCAUGGCCGACAACCGCAGCAAGGAACUCGCCUUCGAGAGCCUCGCCCUUGUCUCACAGGCAUUGAAUCUUCUAGAAUCUGGAGAUCUCGCCGUGAUCAGCUUCGGUGAAAAGCCGAACCUCCUCCAUCCGUUUAGUGAACAAUUCUCAGAGCAUUCCGGGGCUAAGAUACUGGAUCAGUUACGCUUCGACCAAACGAAAACAAAGAUAGCUCAGUUGUUAGACUUUUGUACAGUUCUUUUUGAUGAACAGAAUAUAAGAAGUGACGCAAUCAAUGCCAAGUUAUUAGUAAUCGUUAGCGAUGGUCGAGGUAUUUUCUCUGAAGGAGAGACCCGCGUCGUACAAGCUGUAAGACGAGCUAGACAACAAGGAAUCUUCUGCGUAUACAUUAUCAUAGAUAAUCCUGAUAAUAAGGAUUCAAUAAUGGAUAUCAGGCGACCCGUGAUGGACCCUGUGACGAAUACCCUGUCCGGCUUCGUAUCUUACCUUGACGCGUUCCCAUUCCCCUUCUACCUGCUCUUAAGGGAUCUGGCAGCGUUACCAACUGUGCUCGGGGAUGCACUUCGACAGUGGUUCGAGUUAGCGGCCAAUGUAUCCAGUUAAUACUGAACGUGGUAAGGCACUUGGCACGCCGUUCAGAUGAGUAAUCUUGUAUCGACGUGCCAAAUCAAAUUAUGCGUAUUUUUGUAGCAUAAUAAGGUAUUUGCUUCUUUUAG